AUAACAGUCAGUAACCGAGCAUUGCUCGCAAGGCGCGUACCCGCGUCUCUACAAUCCAAUUAGUUAUUUGAUUAUGCUUUGUAGCUAAUUAAUGAAAUGGCAUUAUUAAUAAAAGAGUAUUUAUUCAACGUGAAAUCUUUGAACAGGUGUCAUAAAGUGCGUGCUACAAGUAGAAGUAUAAGACAAUGGACGCGAACAAACAGUGCACCUAUAAUAGAAAAAACAUCAUCUGCAUACGUUAACUUCCAAGAAACUAAUAAAAGAAAUAUACACUUAAGCUAUGCUCUAGAUAAAGCUGUCGCUUUUAAAUUGUCCGAUAUAGGAGAGGGAAUACGAGAAGUUGUAAUAAAAGAAUGGUUUGUUAAAAUCGGCGACAAAGUUCAACAAUUUGACAAUAUAUGUGAAGUUCAAAGUGACAAGGCCUCGGUUACGAUCACUAGCCGGUAUGACGGUGUUGUUAGCCGACUCUAUCAUGAAGUAGAUCAAACAGCAUUCGUUGGAGAACCUCUAGUAGAUAUUGAAGUUGAAAGCAGCGAAGAAGAUGCUUCAACCACAAAAGAACACGAUAUAUCGACGAAAACAACAGAUAUCUCAACUUCUCAAAAGACAGAAAACUCGUUGAAAAAGAAUAAAGUCCUAACAACACCAGCUGUGAGGAGGAUCGCUUCCCAGUUUCAAGUAGACUUAAGUGCAGUUACGGCAACUGGAAGAAAUGGGCGUUUAUUGAAAGAAGAUUUACUUUCAUACCUUAAUAUAAGUUCUGAUAAGUCUAAUGAUGUUCCAGAGACUUUUAAAUCAGAUUCCUCUUUUAGCACUGAAUCAAAUAAAAGUAUGGAGAUAUUAGAAGACAAAGUCGUUCCUGUUUCCGGUUUUACUAAAGCAAUGGUGAAGUCUAUGACAGAAGCAAUGAAAAUCCCUCAUUUUGGGUUUAGCGACGAGUAUAAUGUCACAAAACUGGUAGAAGUACGAGAAAUACUCAAACAGGUAGCAAAUAAAAGAGGUGUCAAGCUAACGUACAUGCCCAUCAUUGUUAAAGCUGCAUCGUUGAGUUUGCUAAACUUCCCUGCUCUUAACAGCAGCCUUGACAACGCAUGUGAGAACAUCAUAUAUAAAGCUAGUCAUAACAUAGGCGUAGCUAUGGAUACGCCGAACGGAUUAGUGGUGCCUGUUAUAAAGAAUGUUCAAAAUAAAAAAAUAGUGGAUAUUGCUAAGGAGUUGAAUAUGCUACAAGAAAAAGGUGCUAAAGGUCAACUGGGUCUCAGUGAUAUUUCCGGUGGAACGUUUACAAUAUCUAACAUAGGAAUUGUAGGAGGAACUUACACCAAACCAAUAAUUUUACCGCCUCAGGUAUCGAUUGGUGCUUUGGGAAAAAUACAGGUUUUACCAAGGUUUGAAUCGGAUGGAAAAGUUAUACCAGCUCAUAUCCUCACAGUUAGUUGGUCAGCUGACCAUAGGGUCAUUGACGGCGUGACGAUGGCUCGAUUCUCAAAUCAACUAAAAGACUAUCUAGAAAAUCCUUAUAGUCUAUUAUUAGAUCUGUAAUAAUUACCAAAUAAUUAUAUUUUUUAUUCUAUACGAAUAUAUAUUUUUAUACAUAAGUAUAUACAAAUAAAGUACACAUUUAUAAUAUUGUGA